AUGGUCCACCUCUCGGCAGCACUGCUGGGUGCUUUGUUACUCACAUGCAGUGUCACCGCUGAUACCGACUACACCGCAGUCUGUCAAGACAUUGCAAGCAAUGUGUCUCAAGCAACUGAUGUGGUCUACCCGAGUUAUUACAACGCCGCCACCCAACACUGGUUUCUCUCUUCGAACGGGGACGCAGCUUGCGCCGUUGAAGUGGGAUCGGUCGAGGACGUUGCGCUAGUCUUGCAGAUUGUUGGUGCCACCCGCACACCCUUUGCCGUGUACUCGGGCGGACACGCAUCGAACCCUGGGUUCUCUAGCACAUCUGGUGUGCACAUCACGCUCAAGCGUUUCAACCAGAUCGAUCUGUCUGAGGAUGGCAAGAUUGUCACCCUCGGCUUUGGUCAGGGAUGGACCGAUGUCUAUGAUGCUCUCGAGGGCACCGGGGUAAACGUCGUUGGUGGAAGAGUCCCCGGGCCAGGUGUUGGCGGGUUCACGCUUGGUGGAGGGUAUUCCUGGUGGAAUGGCACAUUCACCAAGGCGUCGGAUGGGCAGAACCCUGAUCUGUUUUUCGCGCUCAAGGGAGGCCUGAACCGGUACGGGAUCGUGACCUCGGCCGAGUUCUACACGCACCCGCAGCCCGCCCUAGUCUGGGGUGGCCUCCGCGCGUACUCUGCGAGCCAGGUUCCUGCAUUCCUCAACGCAACCGAACGCUUCUUCUACGAGAACGAGGACCCAAAGGCAGGGCUGCUCACGACACUUCAUGGUUCAGCCUUAGGUACAACUGCUCUGGGCCUCUUCUUUUAUGACGGACCGGAAAAGCCCGAGAUUUUCGACAUGUUCGACGGGCUUCUGGCCACUCUCGAUAGCACGGGUAGAAAGCCGUACAGAUCGCUCAUCGGCAGUUUCCCAGCCCAGCUCAUCUUGAACCACCGGGGCACCUUCGCUACCUUUUCUACUACCAAACUUACAGCUCGCUUUAUGGAAGCUGUUCGGCAAGAGGCAGAGGACAUUGGAAAGGUCUCCGCUUUGCAUGGCGGCUACAUAGUUUCGUAUGACAUAGAACCGUUUACGAACUACGGCGAGCAUGCAACACAAGGGGCGAUCCCGCAUGAUGAUUCACUUCUUCCGCUCAACCUGCACUUUGCGUGGGUGAAACAAAGCGAAGAUGAGUGGUGGUACGCUCGCAUACGCCAAUCGCUGGCGACAUUGAAGCUCGUCGCCAUGGGGGAAGGAAUUUACCAAGCUACAUUUCCGGAAUACUCGAAUUACGCCCUCUCUGACACCACCGCUGAGAGGCUAUACGGGGAGAACGUCCAUCGUUUGCGACAGAUCAGGGACCGGAUAGAUCCCGACCGGGUAAUGGAGUUGGCAGGGGGUACAUCCCUCACAACCCCCCACAAAAUGUUCUACCAACCCGGCAAAACCCCCCAUAGCCUCCCCUCCGACCCCUUCAAAGCCUGCCUAAUCCCGCGCCCCAUCGGCUGGAUCUCCACCACCUCCGCCAUCCCACCGCCCACCCCCUCCCAACCCAACCCCCAACCACGCCACAACCUAGCCCCCUACAGCCAGUUCGCGCCCUUAACCUUCGACCCGCCCUACGUGCUCUUCGCGGCCAACCAGGACCCGCGCACGGGCGCCCGCAAGGAUACCGUGCGCAACGUCGAGGCCACGGGCAAGUUUGUGUGGAACUUGGCGACGUAUGAGCUCAGGGAGGCGGUCAAUCAGACGGCGAGGCCGCUGCCGGAGGGGGAGGACGAGUUUGUGUGGGCGGGGUUGGAGAAGGAGUUUACGAGGGGGUUGCCGGGGGAUGGUGGUGAAGAUGGGGAUGGGGAUGGAGGUGGUGGUUGUGAUGAGGGGGAAGGUAACGGGGGAGGGAACCCCGUGCCGAUGGUCAAGGCGAGUCCGGUCAAGUUUGAGUGUGUGUAUCACUCGACGGUGAGGCUGCCUGGGAAUGGGCCCGUGGGGAGCGUGGAUUUGGUGAUUGGGAGGGUGGUAGGGGUGCAUAUUGCUGAGUGGGCGCUUGAUGAGAGGGGCCGGUUGGAUGUUAGGAAGACGCGGCCGAUUGCGAGGUGUGGGUAUUUUGAGUAUGCGGUUAUUGGGGGGGAGGGAACUAUCUUUGAGAUGGUUAUCCCGGGGGCCGAUGAAGUGAUGCUGGCGGCGAUGCAGGGUGAUAAGCAAAGGGUGGAUGAGGGGUGGGACAGGGUGAAGGCGAAGUUAUAA